CUGACCCCCAGUGGUUGGACCUCGUUUGACGCAGGAACUGCUCGAAUAAUUAACACGGACGGUUCGUAUCCUGUUGCUCAACCAUUCGCCACUCGUUAGCAUCCCAAUUCCAUGGGUCUCUGGUCAACGAAUUCGGCAGAUCCUUGCUCCAUUCGCAGGCCGCGUACUAUCUCCAUCUUCUCCCGUCUGGUCCUCUGCUCCACUCUGCUACUGGGUGUCAGCUUCAUUUUAAAAACCCGCCCUCAUCUACUCCCAUCCCUCCCCCACCUAUCCCCCUCCUUCUCCUCCUAUACCCAACCCACCACCAUGUCCUACCAACAAGAACGCUACAUUGCCGAGCUGGCCGUCCAGCGUGCCACCCUCCUUACCCAGAAGGUCUUCAAUGAGAAGGCCAAGGGCACCGUCUCCAAAGAUGACAAGUCACCCGUUACCAUUGGCGACUUCGGCGCCCAGGCUCUGAUCAUCCAAGCCAUCCGCAAGAACUUCCCCAAUGACGAGAUCGUCGCCGAAGAGGAGGCCAGCAGCCUCCGCGAGGACAAGGCGCUGAGCGCCGAGAUCUGGAGACUCGUUCAGGAUAUCAAGUUGGUGGACACCGAGAGCGACAACCUCCUGGGAGGCCCUUUGCCUAGCGAAGAAGCGAUGCUGGACAUCAUCGACCAGGGCAAGAGCGCUGGUGGUGCCAAGGGACGUAUCUGGGCUCUGGACCCCAUCGACGGCACCAAGGGUUUCUUGCGUGGUGGUCAGUACGCCGUCUGUCUCGGUCUGAUUGAAGACGGUGAUGUCAAGGUUGGUGCCAUUGGCUGCCCUAACCUGCCUAUCAACGACGCCGAGACCAUGUCCGCGGGCAUUGGCGCCGAGCAGUCCAGCGGCACCGGUAAGGGUGUCCUCUUCUCCGCCAUCCAGGGUGUUGGUUCUAUCAGCCGACCCCUCACCAACGGUGCUCUCGCUGAGAGCAAGUCUAUCUCCAUGCGCCCCGUCCCCGAUAUCGCUCAGGCCGUGUUCUGCGAGGGUGUCGAGGCCGGUCACUCCGCUCAGGACGACAACGCCGCCGUUGCUAAGCUUCUCGGUAUCACCUCCCCCAGUGUGCGUUUGGACUCGCAGGCCAAGUACUGCUCGAUUGCCCGCGGUGCUGGUGACAUCUACUUGCGUCUGCCGGUGCGGAAGGACUACCAGGAGAAGAUCUGGGACCACGCCGCGGGUGACCUGAUCGUGCGGGAAGCUGGUGGUCAAGUGACGGAUAUCUACGGCCAGAGACUGGAUUUCACCAAGGGCAGGACCCUGGCGGCCAACAAGGGAGUUGUCGCGGCCCCCAAGGCCCUUCAGGACCAGGUCAUCGGUGCGGUGAAGACUGUCCUGAAGUUGUAAGGGCUAGGUGACGACGAUAAAGGGAUUUUCUAUCAUGAAUGUAAUAGAUUCUCGAUCAGUUCUGUCAGACCGUGCACGCUCGAUGCGUCUCUAAAAGUACAUAAAAAAGAAAGGAUACCAAUUGCGAACCAAAAGAACCGUGCUCGGAUAUACAUGUACAGAAAUAAUAAACACAGUUUCGUU